GUCAGACCCUGGAUUCCUUAUCGGAGGAUUCCUUACCCAAGACCCCCGCCGUAUGUUUACGCUGUCGUUCUGUUCCUCGAUCUUCUCGAUGCUGAUGGUGAUCGCCCACCACGCCCUGCUGAUGGUGCUGUGGGCCGUUCCUUUUGCGAGCCGGUGGCAGAGGCGCGGGCUGGUCGCAGCCCAGGUGAUGAGCGCGUGGAACGCGUUGGACGUCCUUGUGGUAAGCAUUCUGGCAGCGGUCCUCGAGAUCCGCCAGUUCGCGCUCUUCAUCCUCGGCGACAAGUGCGACGCGCUGGACGCGCUGCUGGAGAGUAUCCCCCCCAUUGCCUCGCGCCUGCCUGGCAGCGUCACCUGCUUCGAUGUGAGGUCCGAGCUCCGGGAGGGCUUUUUCGUACUGCUCGCGGCCGCCGUUGUCUCCUCGAUAGUGAGCCAAGUCGUGCUGCGCAUGUGCUCCGCGGCCCUGGACGUGGACAAAGUGCACGGCACCCCCGCGGACGCGACAGCAGCCGCGGGCCUCGACGAGGAGUCUCGUGCUGCAGGCCCUGCGGAUGGUGGCCCUCAAGUUCAAGUAACCGUGUGAACGAGCGUGGCCCUCGAUGGGCGGCUGCGUUGGUGCUGCUGGCCCGCGGGGAGGGCCCCGCGGUUCUCGAUAGUGGAGUGGCUGCGCUGAGGAGCAAGGCGGAGGAAGAAGGUGGAAAGGGGCGCCUUGCACUCCUCGAUGGUAAUGAGAGGGGCUGCGCCGAGGGGCUAGGCGGAGGAACAAGACGGAAAGGGGCGCCUCGCAUGGCCUGGUGCCGCCGACGCUGGAGAGACGACCUCCCGUUUCACCGGCGCUUGCCUCAGCGAAGAGGGAAUGGCCAGGGGGGGAGGAGGAGGAGUAGGAGGAGGAGGAGGAGGGCCAGGGACAGGCUCAUGGACUUCUGAGCUUCCCUGCGCCUGCCUCGUUUUCGAAUUGGCCGGGCGAUGCCUCGGCCCGCCUGCCGGCGCCAGUUGCCACGGCUCGGGGCGGCAACGCGGCCCGCCCCCAGGUCCCGACGUCGCGUCUUUGCCCACAGUGCGGGCCCCUGGGGUUAUGAUGUUCCAACCAACUUUAGCCCAAAACGGUUGGAAAAAACUCCCAAACCUUCCUUGUCGUUUUUUGUGUCACGACGCGGAGACCUGAGGGCAUAUCAUAGCAGCGCCCGCCUCCACGCUUCACUCUUACAGCAGCGCGGCGGCGCCUGGCACUCUCUCGACGCCCGCGGGGCGCACCGGCAUCCCGCUUACAGUGUCGGCUGCCCGCGUUGGGCCGCGCCUCGACCUCCGCUUUCGCUUCCGCGGGGGGGGCAGCAGGCAAUCCGAGCCCUUGCCGACGAAAA